AAAAUCACAGCGCAUGAAACAACCCUUGCAUCCCUCAGGGCGACUCACAGACGCUACAAGGGUGCGUUGACACUCUAUCUCAUCCUGUUCUACACCAUUUAUCUUGCCGGCUGGUUUCUGUUUAUUGCGCGGCGCACGCCCAAGGACUUGCGCUGGCUAGGAGAGUCUGCACCUACCGUCGUAGGCCCCUUCAUCAUUGUAGGCUUGCGCUACGUCCUUUCCGCUUUCUACAAUCGCCGAAUUGCGAGUUACGAGGCCAUGCUUGUUGAACAACGCUCUUUGCAGCAUGAAAAGAUUGAGGCCUUCAAGACACGCACUGAUUUCUACUCGACCAAGUCACUCAUCGAUCGCUAUUCUGGCAGCGAGUCACCCAAGUCAGAGGCGACCACACCGUCCAAGAGUCAGGUUCAGCCAAAAAAGGCUACAGGAUCUCCUCCUCAAAGUGCUCAAGGGAAGCAAGGGAAGACACAGCAGCCAAUUGGCAUUGCUCCAGCAUUGGCGACCCCUCCCUCCCUCCAGGGUACGGUCCCCACGCCUCCCCAUCUCUCAGGUAUCAAACAAACGCCUAGAUCUUCCUUGACUGCUGCUCAGCAAUCGACAAGCCCAGUUGAAGCACGCCACGCUGUCCAAGACUUGCGUGCCAUUCCAGCGCCUCAUCAUUGGUAUGACCGUAUUCUGGACGUGGUCAUUGGAGAGGACGAAUCAGCUGCUUCUAGUCGGUAUCAGCUCGAACAGCGACUUCUCAAAAAGGAAGAAGAGGUUCGGCGGUUGGAGGUUGAAAUGAUGAAGAUGCAACAAGCCCUUCAAGAACGUGAGGGCAACGAGGCGACGACAAGGACCCUGCCUGAACAAGAGCAAGGCUCAACGGCGCGCGAGGAGAGCGGCAAGGCAGAAACACGCGCUCGACGUACGAGUCGUCGACUCAAGUCCAAGUCAACGGUGCAAGAGGAUGCUUCUGACGAUGAUGAUGAAGACUAGGGAGUUCUAAUGAUUAAGCAUAGCGAUAGCACAAUUU